AUGACCAACUCAGUUUGCAAACCUAGUCAGCAAUGUAUUGUCGACACACCCGGAUUUGACGACACGGAAAGGCCUCUAGCAGACGUAUUGAACCAAAUCGCAAACUUUCUCAAGGAACAGUAUGAAAAGAAGACGACGGUGGCCGCGAUGAUCUUCACAUAUCGCAUCUCGGAUAAUCGGAUGUCCGGGACUGGGCGCGAGAACUUUCGACUGUUUCGCAAGAUCUGUGGAGACGCGGCGAUGAAGAACGCGGCUAUAGUGACUACGAUGUGGACGAAGGGUAAUCAAGCUGUGGAAGCUGCUAGAGAAGAGCAACUGAGAACCAACUUCUUCCGGGAUGCGAUGGACCGUGGCGCCUCAUUGUACCGCCAUGACAAUACACAAGCAUCCGCGCGAAAGAUACUCCUUGAUACAUUAGGGAAAAUGCCGAAGGUCCUCCGAGUGCAGGAGGAAUUGGUUGAUCAGCACAAGUCGAUUCCCGAGACUGACGCUGGUAUGCAACUCUUCUUUGCGCUGAAUCAAGAGGAAAGGGAGUACAAGAAGCAGCUGGAAGUGUUGGACAUGGAGCGCAAGAGAUUGUCUAGCGAGCAGCAUAAAGCACACCGUCAGAUAAGCAAGGAAGGAGACCGCCGGGGGACGCCUAGCAAGCAAGAGACAAUUAGCAACAUCUUAGAAGAUUUUCAGACACAAUACGGGAUACUCCAGAUGAAGAUCCAAAAGAUCCAAAGCGAGAAGGAUACCCUGGGUUCUCGCGGUAAUACAGCACCAUCCAUUGCAUACAACACUCCAGAUAAUUUUGAGGACAGUCUGCGGUUGUUGAGAGAAGAUCAAUAUCUGGAGGAGGAGCGGAAAUUGAAAGAGCGACAUCGGGAGCAGGAAGAGCAGCGAUGCAUGGAAGAGCGACAGCGAGAGGAUGGAGAGCGGCGGCAGGAACAAGAGCGAGAACGGGUGAAAGCACAGCAACGACUGGAGGAGAGACAAUGCAAGGAAGAGCAGCAACGCGCAGAAGAGCAACGGCGUGUCGAGGAAGAGAAACGGUGCGUCAAGGAAGAGCAGCAGCGCGUUAAGGAAAAGCGGCGGCGCGUUGAGGAAGAGCAGCAGCAUGCUGAGAAAGAGCGGCGGCGCAUGAGAGAAGAGCAACGGCGCGUCAAGGAAGAGCAGCAGCAUGUCGAGGAAGAGCAGCGGCGCCUGAGAGAAGAAGAGCAGCGGCGCCUGAGAGAAGAAGAGCAGCAGCGCAUCGAGGAAGAGCAGCGGCGCGUUGAGGAAGAGAAGCGGCGCGUGGAGGAGGAGCAGCGGCAUGCCGAGAAAGAGCAGCGGCGCGUCGAGGAAGAGCAGCGGCGCGUCGAGGAAGAGCAGCGGCGCGUGGAGGAGGAGCGGCGCAUCGAGGAAGAGCAGCAGCACGCAAAGAAAGAGCAGCCAUGUGUUGAAGGGCAGCAGCACGUCGAGGAACAGCAGCAACACGUUAAGAAAGAGCAGCCGGGCGUUGAAAGGCAGCCGUACGUCAAGGGGAAGCAGCAGAUAGAGAAAGAGUGGCAGGAUGGCCAGAUAGAACAGAGGCCUAAGCACGAUGAUUCAGGAUCAGGAUGUUUCAGCUGGUGCUGCAUCAUGUAA